GGCCAUCAGUCGGGCCUUGCUCCCAGGGGCGGGCCACUUGCCAUCAGUCCCGCGAACAAGACAUGGUUCCCGCGUUCGCUCUCCUCUCCUUUGUCGCACUAAUCGUGCCCGUCGAUGCCCUACAAACGAAUGUCGGUGGCAAGGCUACAUCCAAGGAGGCGGCCGCACGGUCCAAGCCCGUCGUCGAGGCAGCGGCGACAGCUGACCACCCACUAAAUUCCAACAGCGUCCAGUGCCUGCUUGAUGAGCCGGUCCUCGAGUGCAACCUUCGCCGCACUGUGGACGGGCCCUGGUCCGAGGCCUGGACGCGAUAUGUUCUACUCCGCCCUGGCAUGUCGUUUCGUGAACUCAAGGCUGCCACCAAGAAGCGCAACGAGUUCAGGCUCAGCGAAAGGGUCCCGGGCACGCUCAGAACGGUGGUCCUUGUUCACGUCAUCUGCUUCGCUGCCGCGCUGCCCGCCGUAUUGAGCUCUGACGCCGUAUUCCCAAAGCUGCUGGAGCUUGCCGUUGCGGGCCGGGUUGCAGCAGGAAUCUAGCCGUCAGCGUCCUUGUUGGUUGUUGAGCGCGGACACGUGGUUGCUGGUUGCCUGCUCCUCAAGAACCUCCGCAUGCCUCCCGCCUCUCGUUUUGCGACCCUUGCCAUACCCAUGACUUUGUGUUCCCAUGUCCCCGGAGCCCCUCUCGUCGACCUCACACUUGUUGAGUAUAUAGUGGCGCCUGUGUGGUACAACCACGUUAGCU